AUGAACACUGCAAUGAAUAACGCAUCUUUUGGUUUCGAUACUUAUAACUUUAUGCCUGCUGCUCCUUAUACACCCACCAAGAUGCAUUACUAUGACACACAAUUGUAUCCUACUCAUGCUCCUGUUACACCAACAGCCCCUACCACAAGAUUUGACACAUACGACUCCAUUGUUGCUAUGGCAUCUCAGGUUCCACAGCCCGUCGUACCUUCUCAAAUUGACAUGUACAAUAGCAUGCCAUCAAGCCCCGAAUCCGCUGCUUCCUCUGCUUCUUGCUCUCCUUUGGUAGUCUCUUUCAGUGCCUCCAACACACAUUCUCUGCCUAGCUGUGUCUCUCUGACCGAAAAGAUCAACGAGAGAAUUGCUCAAGUCAACAAACUUCCCGACUCUUUCUUGCCCGAAUUCCAUCAGUAUUCCAAAGAAACUUACGAAAAUGGCGGCUCUUGCAUGAAAAAGAGACGUCGUCGUCAAUGUUCUUAUGAUUCUGAGGACAUGGAUGGCCAAGAAAUGCAACAUCAAGGUAUCUCUGCUGCUGAAAUGCGUCGUCAAGUGCACAUCCAGUCUGAGCAAAAGCGAAGAGCCCAAAUCAAAGAUGGCUUUGAUGUUUUGCGUCAGCAUUUACCUGGUUGCGCAAACAAAAAGAUGAGCAAGGCUGCCUUGUUGGGUCGUACUGUUCAACAUCUUCAGCAUUUGAAGAGAAACCAAGCUUCCAUCUUGACCGAAAUUGAGAGAUUGGUUCAAGAAAAUGAAAAGCUGAAAUCUGCUGCUGCUGCUGCUGGGUCGACAUCUGCUCCUCCUGUAUCUGUAGCACAACAAAGAACCUUCAUCUAG